AUGCAAUAGAAAAAAAGUCCGAAGUUUUUAGAUAAGCUAUUUGAUUUGCUAGAAUCAGAGCAAUAUAGGUUUUUGAGAUGGAGUGAUGAUGGUACAUCAUUUGAGGUUUGUGAUAUCAAGAAAUUAGAGAAAUAAAUACUUAGAGUAUUCUAUAAACAGAAGUCAUUUGCGAGUUUUAUUAGGCAAUUAAAUUUGUAUGGUUUUAAGAGAACAAAGAUUCGACGAAACAUCAAUGUGUUUGCUCAUCGUUAUUUUAUUCAAGGAGAGAAAAAAUAGUUGAUAAAUAUCAUUAGUUAAAAUAAAAUGAAGGUCCUUGAAGAACUUAGCAAUUAGGAUAAUAAUCUGAAACACUAAAUUUAUGAGGCGGAGCAUCAGUAACUAACUGAAACUUUGAAGGAUCUUCAAAAUUAGUAAAAGUAAAUACAAUUGAAAUUUAAUGAGCAAAUUCAUUUAUAGAUGUAAUUAAAACUUAGAAUUGUAUAAAUAAUGAACCAAAUUAAUACUCACGAUAUCACUAUAAAUAUCAAGGCCUAACACUCUUAUUAAUUGUUAUGUAAGGUAAUGCAAUUGAUUCCAAACAACGAAUAACACAAAGAGGAAAUGGCUAUUAUUCGAAGUAUUUGCAAGGUGUUCAAUGAAUUUCAUUUGGAAUCCAUGUCUUCAUAUUUGGGCAGUCCAAACGAAAGAUUAACUCCCUUGCCAUUUUAUUUAUAAGACUCAAGUGUUUCCUUGGACUUUGGAAGCAAGUUAGGGUAAAACUAAUUUUAUGAAUUGCUUCAAAGUCAAGCAACGAAGAUAUUUGAACCCUCCUAAGUAAAAUAGCAAUUUAUGAUUUGA